AUUUUAGUGCGUGAUGACUAAAACGAAAAUGGCGGAUGUUGACAAGUGGAUUGAAAUAGCAAAACAGUGCAAAUAUCUUCCUGAAAAUGACUUAAAGAAAUUAUGUGAUAUGGUUUGUGAGCUGUUAUUAGAAGAAUCUAAUGUACAACCAGUAACGACACCAGUCACAGUGUGUGGUGACAUCCAUGGGCAGUUUUAUGAUUUGAUAGAAUUGUUUAAAACUGGUGGUCAGAUGCCAGACACUAAUUAUGUUUUUAUGGGUGAUUUUGUAGAUAGAGGAUAUUUUAGUUUAGAAACUUUUACUUUAUUACUCACAUUAAAAGCCAAGUGGCCUGAUAAGAUAGUUUUAUUAAGAGGUAAUCAUGAAAGUAGACAAAUUACACAAAUUUAUGGUUUUUAUGAUGAAUGUCAAACCAAAUAUGGUAAUGCCAAUGCAUGGAGGUAUUGUUGUAGAGUCUUUGAUUUAUUAACUAUAGCUGCAAUUAUAGAUGAGUGUAUUUUAUGUGUGCAUGGUGGCCUGUCUCCAGAUAUUAAAACAAUUGAUCAAAUUCGAGUUAUUGAAAGAAAUCAGGAAAUCCCUCAUAAAGGAGCCUUUUGUGAUUUAGUAUGGUCUGAUCCAGAAGAUGUGGAAUCUUGGGCAAUGAGCCCUAGAGGUGCUGGCUGGUUAUUUGGAGCAAAAGUCACCAACGAAUUUGUACAUAUCAAUAAUUUGAAAUUAAUUUGUCGAGCUCAUCAGUUAGUACAUGAAGGUUAUAAGUAUAUGUUUGAUGAGAAAUUAGUGACUGUAUGGUCGGCACCAAAUUAUUGUUAUAGAUGUGGAAAUAUAGCAGCAGUUUUAUCAUUUACUAACUCAGAUAGUCGAGAAGCCAAAUUAUUCCGUGCUGUACCUGAUAAUGAAAGAAUUAUCCCACCUAGGACACAGACACCAUAUUUUCUUUGAUGUAUUUUUAAUUUAUAGACAUUUUAACAAAUUUAAUUCUAGUGAUUCGUAAAAAUUAUGUCAAGGGAGAUAUUUCACUUAAACUAAAAUAGUAAACCCAUCACCAUGCUUCUCAAAUAAUAUUACAAUGGUGUUUGAAAUAAUGUGAAUAUAUUUUAAUCUAUUGUAAGAGUUUUUUUUAAAAAGAUCAAUUAUUCAUUGGAGGUAGUAGCUAUCCACAUUUCAAAAGUUGUAACUUCAUGUACAUGAAUUCAAUUAUGUACAUGAAUUCAAUUAUGGUACACAUUCUUUAUAUUUACAUUAUAAAUAUUAGCUCUAUUUUUGUCAAAAGUGGUUCAGAUACAGGGAUCAUCAUAUAUUAUAUCAACUUAUUUUACUGAAGAAAUCCAAACACAGUCUGAACUUAAAACCUACAUCCAGGUCAUAUGUUAGGUAUUCCGUCAUAAAUACAGUAUCUAUUCAUAGGGUUUGAAUUGUCUUAAGCAGAAUUUUGUUUAUUUAUGACCUGAUAAUAGUCCUUCAAAAAGGGACAUAAAAGUGUAUUUCUUUUUGGAAUUGAAGACUUCACAUGAAAAAGUCAUUUGUUUUUUCUUGCUGAUGUCAUUUACUUGUUUUAAUAUAUUAAUAAUAAACUAUGGAACAAAAGUAAUUGUAUCAGAACUACUAAAAUAUUGUAUACCAGUUAAAAAGAUGUUAGAUAUGUCUUCACAUUACUAUUAACAGCAUUUUAUUGAGUAACAUAAUGAUAAAUCUUUAUCUUAUAAAGUGAAAUAGAUAGAGAUUAUUACAGAGGUC